AUGGAGAAUGCUAAUGGGACCACACUUAAGGAAUUUGUUUUGCUUGGAUUUGGAUUGGAUGCCUCGAAGCAGUAUAUAAUCCUCAUCUUUUUCGUACUUCUUUAUGUGCUCACUUUAGUGGAAAAUGUCACCAUUAUCACGGUGGUGCUUCUAGAUGCUCAGUUGUCCCAACUUCCCAUGUACAUCCUGCUGAGUAAUUUCUCCUGGAUGGAGAUAUGCUACGUGACCACCACUGUGCCCCGGAUGCUCUUUGACUUGACUUCUUCUCAUGGCAUCAUCUCCAUCCAGGCUUGCUUAACUCAGUUCUAUGUGCUAUUUUCUCUUGGAACAACAGAAUUCUUCUUCCUCUCAGCCAUGGCUUUUGAUCGGUACCUGGCCAUCUGCCACCCAUUGCAUUACACCCAAAUUAUGACUCCGAAUUCUUGCUAUGCUCUGGUGGCAGCUUGUUGGUUCCUUGGCUUUCUGGGAUACAUUGUCCCAGUGACUUUGAUCUCAACGUUGUCCUUCUGUGGACCGAACAUCAUUGACCAUUUUUUGUGUGAUCCUGGACCAAUCCUGUCCUUGGCUUGUCCUCCAGUUGGCAACAUUCCUCUUCUCUGCCAAAUAGUCAUAAACACUCUGUUUUUAGCCAAUGUCUUGUUUGUUGUUAUUUCAUAUGGCAUUGUAAUUUUCACUCUGAUGAAAUCAUCCAACCAAGGGAGCCGUAAGAAAGCCUUCUCCACCAUAUCUAUGCAUCUGUUGGUGGUGACCCUUUUCUAUGGCUCGGUUGGGGGGAUGUACUUAAUUCCAAGUGGAGAGAACCAGUCUGAGUUCACCAAGGCAAUAACUCUUUUCUAUACAACCAUCACACCUUUUGUCAAUCCCUUGAUCUACUGUCUGAGGAACGGUCAAGUGAAAGAGGCACUAAGGAGAAUUAUAAGACGGAUAUUUGUGAAAGCCACAGUUGAAAAAAGACACAGAUCAGAGAGGUAG